ACAUAAAACAGUUGAUGAUGUGUACAGCGAGCCCACGAAAAUGUUUUCCUGAGUUUAAAUAGUAUUAUUUUCUGUCUUCAAGUUAUAAAUUAGCUAGCUUUACAAGACACUUUCUUCCGGGAAACAUUCGAUUCUGUGUUUUUAUUUUAUUUUUCUUUCGACAACUCCCCCACCCCGAACCCUUCCCAGUCACCAUGGCGAGCAGCAGCAACCUUGACGAUCCGGACUUAGCCAAUCUCCAAUCAAACUUCGAAGAGCAGCAGGCCAAAAUAAGCGCACUGCGCGAAAUCAUUCGCCAGACGGAGGUGGUGAACGACAUGAAGCAUGCGACCGCCCAGGAGAAGGUGAAAAACAUCGCCCAGCGGCUGACACACUUCAAGACGAAGGUGACGACCUCGCGCCUGAACCGGGCGGGCAGCGCCAGCAGCGCCAGCUCGCAGUCGCUCGCCACCAUCGACCAGGGCGUGCCGCUGCGGGCGGGCUCGGUGGACGUGCGGCCCGAUCCGCGCAGUGCCGCCUUUCCGCGCGGCCGCUCGGAAUCGUACGGCAUGGAGAAGUGCUCGCUGCUGCGGCAGCAGAUCGAGCAGAACCGGCUGAAGAUGGCGGAGCGCGAGUCGAGCCAGCGGGAGAUCGAGGAGAAGGUGAUCGAAAUCAAGCACAAGCUUGAGGCGACCCAGCAAACGCUGGUGGGCCGGUCGAGCACGGGCCUGGCGGAUAUCGCGGCGGAUCGAUCGUUGGGCGAUCCGCCGGACAGGUUGUGGCGCUCGGUCAGCAGCCACUUGUUUCUGGACGCUGAGAUGACGGUGGGAGCGAGGGUGACGAGCUCCACGCCGGUGCAGCAGCUGCAGCACGACAGCGAGGAGCAGUUCGACGACGAGCUGACCAAGUUCGAGGACAGCGUGCGGCAGGCCCAGGUCAAGCGGAAAAGCGACGAAAUGCUCGAACGCAAGGUGACGUCACUGGAGGACGAGCUGCACGAGAAGGAGCGCAUUAUUGACGAGCAGCUCGGUGCACUGUCCCGGCUGGUGAACCGUUUGCUGGAUGAGGACAACGCACCCGAGCCCGAGCUGGUGGGCGAGCUGCACAACCUGCAGAUGAAGUUGCUGCAACAAAGCUACCACAUUUCGAACGACGAAGCAGCAUCACGGCUGCUCGAUUCCUACGGAUACGAUCCACUGCAAAGAGCUAGCGAGUGUAAAAAGAAAAGUAAAGCGCCAGCACUCGCCCCCUUCUCGGAGGACACGAACGCGCAGCAGCUGCACGAUGCGCUGGCGAAAAUUGACACGCUCGAGCAGGCGCUGGCCGCGCACGAGCUCGAAGCGGAGCGCAUGAACCAGCAGAUGGACGAGCUGCGCCAGUCGCUGGAGGAGAAAACGAUCGAGCUGAACGUGAUGACGGCGAACGUGUCGGUGCUGCAGGAGAAGCUAAAGACGAGCGGGCCGAAACCGCUGUUCCCCCGGUCGGCCGACGAGGAGCUCGAGACGGAAGCGGCCAAGCUCCGGCAGCAGCUGGACGAGUCGAACAAGAACAUGAUUAAGUGCAAGCUGAAAAUCAAGCAGCUCCAGAAGCAGGUGGACACGUUCAAGAAAACCUCGAGCGUGCACGAAACGGUCGCGAAGCUGACGGAGGAAAAUGCCCUGCUGGUACAGCGGCUCGCCGAGGUGGAAGAGCGUGCCCCGGACAGUGCCGGCAGCGCGUACGACGGCACCGGCAAACCGGUCGGCCCGGAGCUGCAGAAGCGCAUCGAAAUGCUGGAGCUGACGUGCCAGAACCAGGCCACCGCCAUGCAGCUGCUCGAGGAGCAGAAGAACGACCUGAGCGAAGAUUUGAACCGCACGCGCACCGAACUGCAAUCGCUCGCCGGGCAGCCCACCACUGACGUUGGCGACGAAGGGGACCUGGGCGACAAUGGGCGCAUCGCCAGCCAGAUGCUCUCGAUCGAGCUGGAGGAAAAGCUGGAAAAGUGUCUCGCGGACAAGACCGAGCUGACGCGCGUGCUGCACAGCUGGGAGGCGGAAAAGUCGGAGCUGCUGCAGCGGCUGAAGCGGUAUGCGGACGAGAACGCGGAACUGCUCGGCCGGAUCGACAAGCUCAGCCUGGAGAAGGUGAGCUCGGCCGAGUCGAUCGAGAUACUGGAAAACCUGACGCAGCGCGAAAAGCAGGAGAUGGAAAACUCGGAGAAGGGUGGAACCAUGGCGGAGGGUGGUGAUGCUGAUGCUGCUGCUGCUGAGGGCGGUGGUGCGCCCGAUGGAGACGGUACGGACGGCAAACCGAGCAGCAAGGAGGACCUGAACGAGAGCCUGCUGAAGCUGAUGGAGGAAAGCAAGGAGCUGAUGGACAAGGUGGAGCUGUUUACGGACGAGCGGCGCGAGGUGCUGGAAAAGCUGGACGCGAUCUCGAUCGAGAACCAGGCGUACAUCUGCGAGCUGGACAAGCUGAAGGAGGCGAACGAGCAGCUGCGCACGUACAGCGGCGAGCUGGCGUCGGCCAAGUCCGACCUUGAGGAUCGGCUGCGCAUCAUGAACGACGAGAAGGAAAGCAUCCGCCAGGAGCUGGCCACCGUUCGGGUCGGCUCGGUCGUGCCGGUGCCGGCAGCGUCAGCGGCGAGCGGCGCCCCGACGGAAGCAGCCGCCGUGUUCGAUCAGACCGUGUACCAGCAGUCGCUGGUGGCGGUCGAGACGGAAAUCGCAAACUACAACAAGAACAAGGACAAGCAGAAGAAGAUGCAGCUGGCCAAGAAGCUUACCGUGAGUGCGAAAAGCAUGGUGACAAUGAGCAGGCAGCUGCUGGAGGAGUACGGCCGGUGUGUCGCGGAGCGGGAGCAGCUCAGCGAACAGAUUGCGCUCCUAUCCCAGCAACAGCAGCAGCAGCAGGAACACAUUUCAAGCACGCUCGAGGCGGACGAAGGCAAGGACGGCACGAUCAGCACGCUCGAGGCGAAGCUGGCAGAAACGGUCAAGUGUCUCGAAAGCAAAGCGUCCGAGGUGAUGCUGCUGCAGGAGGAGAUCGCACUGCUGAAGCACGAGCUGGAGGUGGCGUGCGGCGACGACGAGCCGGAGCUGCUGAAGGUGGAGCUGAACAGCAAGAACGACGAGAUUCUGCUGCUGAAGAAGGACAUCGAUGCGCUGGUCGAUGCGAAAUCGGCCGAACUGCAGCAGAUCCAGCAGCGGCUGCUCGAGGCGCAGCAGGAAACCCACCAGCUGAAGGUGUACGGUGCUGAGCGGCAGCACCAGCUCGAGCGGGAGGUGGAAGCGCGCACGCAGCAGCUAGAGCGCCUGCAGGCGGAGCUGCGCCAUAGCGUGGCGGAAACGGCGACCGAGGAGCUGGAGGCGGAGCUGCAGCACAAGCAGGAAACGAUCGACACGCUCAACGGGCAGAUCAUCGAGCUGUACCGCACGGUCGAGGAGCACCAGGAGCGGCUGGACGGGGCGCAGGCCGAGCGGCGCCUGGUGGAGCAGAAGAACGAGGAGCUGCUGGAGAAGCUGAAGAAGUUUGCCGCCAAUCUGAAGAAGAAAAACGUCCAGUGCGCCGAGCUGGAGAGGGAGCUGGAGCGGCUGGGCGAGUCGAACCGUGCGCUGCAGGAGCAGCUCAGCAGUGCGGGAGCGCCCAUCGAUGCGGGUGAGGCGACGAGCGAGCUGCAGGAGGCAAACGAACAGCUCGGCCAAAAGCUGCACCAUCUCAACAACGAGCUGCACCGGCUGCUCGAGCAAAAGUACCACAUGGAGGCGGAGUGCGCGGGCCAGCGGGACGAGGUGGCGAAGCUCACCGAGCAGCUGGCGGCCGCGCGGGACGAGCUGUGCGUCAAAGCGGGCGCGGCCGAGUCGCUGCAGGCGGAGCUGGACCGGUGCCGCGGUGAGAUGCAGACGCUGCAGGACGAGCUGGCGAACAAGAGCGGCAAGAUUGAGAAGUGUAAGGUGAUCAUCAAGGAGAAGAUAAAGGAAGCGCAGCGGCUGCUGGAAUGGGAGCGGCGGGCCGCCUACCUGGAGGACGAGCUGCGCAUGACGCAGAGCAAUCUGGAGGACUUCCACAACCAGACGCUGCUGCUGGGCCGGCUGAAGAGCGAGAAGGAGGAGCUGAACGCGACCGUCCGGGCGGAGCACGAGCAGUGCAAGCGGCUAGAGGACCGGCUGGCCGAGCUGCAGGAGGAGCUGGUGGUGGCGAACGACCGGGACAGUCGGAUGGCCGAGCAGCUGCGCCACACCGAGCGGUGGAUCGAGCGGUACCGAGAGAAGUGGAGUCGUCGGGCGAAUGACUCCACGGUGGACAGCCCACUGGAGGAGCCACCGAAGGAUGUGUUCGGCUGGCUGGCGUUGCUAGUCGAGACGGACCAGCUCGUGACGCAAACGCUGGCCGAAAAGGUGAACGCAGUGCGUGCGCUGGAGGCGCGGGUACAGGAAACGGACGAACGCACGGGCCAGCUGACCAGCGAGAUCGAACGGCUGCAGACGGAACUCGAGACGGCACGCAGCGAGCGCUCCCAGAGCCGGCUGGAGCGGGAACAGGAAAUGGAACGGCUCGCCCAGCAGCUGGCCACUGUCCGGAAGGAUCUGGAGCGGGCGGUGGCUGAUCGCGGCGCGCUGGAAUCGCAGCAAACGGAACUGGUCGAGGCGCGCGAUGAGAUCGAGCGGCUGCGGGCGGAUCUCGACGCCGGUCACGAGGCGUUUGAGCAGCACCGGCAGUCGGCAGUCGAGCGGGAGCACAACAUUGAGCAGCUGAAUGAGCGCCUGGUCGCCACGCAGGAGCAACUGCAGCAGGCGCUGGAAGCUCGCAAGGAGCUGGAGGAAUCGCACCGUUGCGAGCUGAUCGAGCUGCGCAAACUGCUCGAAACGGCACAGCAGGAGCGUCUCGCAGCGGAGCAGCAGCUGAGCGAAGCGAACGAAAGCAAUGCCGAGCUGGGCGAGGAGUGCGCUACCUUGCGCACGAACGUGGCUGCCCUCGAGCAGCAGCUGGGCGAAGAGCGGGACACGAUUCAGCGGCUCACCGACGCGAACGAGGCUCUGCGCGGUCAGCUGACGCAGCUGCAGGACUCGUUGAGUGUGGCAACGCAAGGCACCGGCUGGAUCGAGGCGCAGUGCGAACAGCUGCGAAGGGACCACGAAACGACCCAGGCAGCGCUGGCGGAUGAAAAGCGACAAAAGGAACAGCUGAACGAAGCGCUGAAGCAGCGCGACCAGGAGCUAGAGCUGUUGCGGCGCGAGUCGGAGGAGCUGCGGACGCGUCAAUCCGAGCAGCAGUCGCAGGAGCUAGACGGCUUGAAGCAGCAGCUGCACGAGCUGGACCAAGCGCGUGCCAGCCUGCAGACCAGCCUGGAUGAGCAGCGGGUGCAGUGUGAGGAGCAAACGCACGAAUUGGCCCAGCUGCGCGACACCGUCGCUUCGCUCGAGCGGCAAACGCACGAAGACCGCACGAACAUUUCCAUCCUAACCUCGCUGAACGGGGCGCUGAACGAAGAUUUGGAUUUGCUGCAGCAGCAGACGGGCGAGGCGGAGCAGCGCUACCAGACGCUGCUCGACCAGUACGAGCAGAAGCAGCGCGCCCUGCAGACGGUGGAAGCGGACCUGCAGCGGCAAACGGAAGCUGCCGAUGAGCGGUACGAGCAGCUGAGCGAGCAGCUAGAGCAGAAGGGCCGUGCGCUGGAGGCGGCAGAGCAGACGCUGGCGCAGGAAAUGACCCGCAAGGAGCAGCUGUCCAGUGCGCUCGACACGAAGGAGCGCGAGUGUGCCGAACUGCAGCGCACGCUAGAGGAGAGCCAGGCGUUGCCCGCCGGCCAGCCCGAGGCGCCGAAGCCCGAGCCCGAGCUCGGCAUGUGGGACGACGCCGGCUGGGGCAUGGGCGAUACGGCCCGGCUGGAGGAGACGAUUCGCGAGAAGAGCGAGCUGAUACAGCAGCUCGAGGCGGAGAAGGAGCUGAUGCAGCAGGAAAUUACCGACCUGAAGGUGAAGUCGGGCAAGCUGCUGCGCAAGGUGAAGGAGUGCAAGGUGAAGCUGGACGCACAGCAACCGCGGCAGGAGCAGCAGCAGCAGCAGCAGCAGCAGCAGCAGUCACCCCAGGACCCGCUGCUUGAGCAGAAGGUGGUCGAGCUGCAGCGCGAAAAGGAAGCGCUGGCGGUGAAGCUCGAGCUGCUCGAGUCGGCCUGCGAGAAGCUUACCGAGGUGAAGGAGCACCAGGACCGGCAGAUUGAGAUGUUGCGCGAAGCGGCCACUGCCUCGACCACUGUGCCAUCGGGUGAGGUGGACGAGCUGCGGGCGCGAGUGCAGCAGGUGACGGCCACGCUGCAGAUGCGCGAAUCGGAGGUGGCGCAUCUGAACGCGCGGCUCGAGCAGCUCGCCCGGGAGGUGGAGGGCGUGGAAGAGCUGCGCACACAGCUGAGCGAACUGCAGCGCUGGAACGCGCAGCUACAGUCGGCGGGCAGUGACGCGCUGGCGUCAGUGGCCACCGUGCCCGAGUCGACCAGCCACUCGCUGGAGCUGCAGCUGGCCGAGCUGGAGCACACCAACCGGCUGCUGGAGGAGGAAAAGGCGGAGAUGGGCCGCGAGCUGGAGGUGCUGAACCAGCAGAUACUGCACGAUCUGCAGUUCGAGGAUCGGCUCAACAAGGCACUGCUCGAACUGGACGCGAAGGGCGUCGAGAUACAGAUGCUCCGCUCGACGCUGGACCAGCUGCAGCGGGAGGACGCGGGUUCGGCGGAGCCAGUCGCUGCUUCCCCCGAUCAACAGCUUACCGACCUGCAGACACGGGUGGAGGAGUUGGAACGAGAGCGUGCGGAUUUGUUGCAGCGAGCGUCGAGUGGCGCUGCGGGCACUGCCGGCACGGAGCUGGCCACCACUCCCCAGGUCGAUGACGCAACCGUGCGGGAGGUGCUGGAGCGCCAGGAGCUAGAAAUCGUGACGCUCAAGGAGCAGCUGGCCCUGCGCAGCGCCGAAUAUGCCCGGCUGGCGGCACGCGUCGAUCCCACGAAGCUGUUCGCGUCCGGGCUGAGCGGUAGCGAGUCGGCCGCCCCGAAGCCGGAACAACAGCAAGCGUCCGGCGACCGGGUGCCACAGGCUGAGCUCGAGCUGGCACUCUACAUGAUCUACCAGCGCGAUAUGCGGUGCGACGAGCUGGAGCUGGAGCUGCGCAACCUGCUACAGGAGCGCGACACGCUGCAGCUGCGGCUGUCGAACGCGCUGCGCAUGCACGAGGAGUACAAGAUGCGGUUAGCGGGCCCCAUUCCCGGAGAGCAAGAGUACGGCACGUCAGGGGAGUGUUCGAUCGAUGCCUCGCCGGACCGUUCGCUCGGCAGCCUGCCGGUGGACGAGCGGCCCGUCUCGAGCCUGUCCGGUCCCCAGGACCUCACCUCCAAGCUGUCCGAGCUGCAGUCGAUCAGCUACUCGAAGGAAAAGCGCUGGCAGGAGGAGCGCGAAGAGCGCGACCGCCAGCUGACUCUGAUACAGCGCGAUCUGGCCAACAUGCCGGUCGAGGCGGCAGCCAAAAUCGCGGGCACGGACGUGACGGCCGAUGCAGAUGCAACAGCUCCACAGCAGAGCGCGUCAACGGUGUUGCUUAACUGGAUAUUGGGAAAGAAAUAGAAGCACACACUAGCGCGCCCGUAGUCUAGUUCGAUAAGGUAUCAUUGUUUUGUUGAUUUUGUUUUGUUUUGUUUUGUUCCUUUUUAUUCCCUUCCACCCCCUACUGUAAGUGUGGAUGUGUUCCAGCAGAUUCGCAGUAACCACUGCCCGCGGAAGAAGAAGUAGCGAAUGAUUAUCCGCUCUGCACUACGAGGAGCAUGACAUGCUCCGCACCUAACGAAUCAUUAUGUAUCUACAAUAGUUUCCGACCAGGAUUUCCACACAAAAAACUACCGUCGGUUAUUGUUAUAAUGCGUAGGGGGUUUUCCCUGGAUUUGAGGCUGUUUUUUCGCAAUUUGUUUAAUCAUUCCUACGGUGAGAAGUAGCCGUUAAACCGUGGGACUGAUUCAAAAUGUGUGGGAAACAGCUUAAAAGCCCUGCGGGAAACCGUGCAACGACGCUUGGUUGCGUUUCUGUUCCGGGAGUUAUUACGCAUUUGGGUUAGAGAACGGUGAAGUAAAUGUAUGAUACAGGUAUAUCUCUCAAAUUAACGCUCUAGUGAAACAAAGAUGUAUAAUAAAAAAAAGAAAACCA